ACUAAAUUUGGUCGCCGCUUGUUGGCUAAAUCGCGCUAAACUUGCGUCGCGUACCAACAGCGGAACCGGUUUAUGAGCCAAUGACCAAUCGUGCGCAGUGUUAUCGUACACUGACUUCCGGAAAUAAGGGUGGUGUUUGUCAGCUGUUGUUUUGAUCAAUAAUUCCCCUAAAUAUUCGUGGCAAAGAACAACUAAGAUUCUAAAAUGAUACCUUGAGAGCUUGGCUCUCAAAUAUAUAGGCCAUGCCAAAAACAUUCUUCCCUGUCUUCCAAUGGCUUGUACUCCUCCAGAUCUUCCCAAACCACUGCACCGUCUCCAAGAAAGUCAUCCAUUUUGACCACAACAAUAAACAUGAAGAAACGCUAUGCUGGACGGUCAAACUGAUGAACAUUGAAAACUUCACCUCCAAAUUAAAUUACAAAUACUUCAAUCCAGAAAACAUAUCAUCGUUGUCAGAAUUCCUGGGUUCAACAUCACACUUCACCAUUGAGAGCUUCCCAAGCCACUACGUGCUCUGUCAUUUCGAGGAAUCCAAUGAUGCCAAACCGAACUUACAAGGUAUCCAUGGUCACCACCAACGCCUAAAGGAACUUAGCCAGGACUAUUUUUUACGUUUGAAGAAUAAGAUUGAGAACUAUCUCCAGGGUCAUGAUGGCGUGGAAUGGUUCAGUCAAGAGGUGGUACGAAAGAGGCAGAAGCGCUCCAUAGACUUCAAUGAUCCUUUCUAUCCUCAGCAAUGGCACUUGAACAACAAGCGCAGGUCGAAAAUGGACAUCAAUGUCACUGGGGUGUGGGAGCGGAAUAUCACAGGGAAAGGUGUCACCGUUGCUGUCGUGGAUGAUGGCAUGGAGUGGAGGAAUAAGGAUCUCCGUGCCAACUACAACAUUCAAGGCAGCUGGGACCUCAAUGAUGAUGACCCUGACCCUACCCCCAACUCACUUAAAGCUACUAACCACCAUGGGACGCGGUGUGCUGGGGAGAUAGCGGCUGUGGCUAACAACAACGUGUGUGGUGUUGGGGUAGCUCACCAAGCCAAGGUCUCAGGUAUCCGUGUGUUGGACGGACCGAUGACCGACAGUCUCGAGGCUGCGGCCUUUAACAAGAAGCUGCAAGUCAAUGACGUCUACAGUUGCAGCUGGGGACCUGACGAUGAUGGGAAGACGGUGGACGGACCUCACAUAAUGGCAGCUAAAGCUAUGAAGUAUGGAGUUGACUUUGGUAGACGUGGUUACGGCAGCAUCUUUGUGGUUGCCAGUGGCAACGGAGGUCGUCACCAGGACAACUGUAACUAUGAUGGCUACGCAAACUCCAUCUACACUCUAACAAUAGGUGCGGUGGAUGAAAUGGGCCGGAUGCCAUUUUAUGCAGAGGAAUGUGCCUCCAUGCUGGGUGUGACCUUCAGCAGCGGCCGGUCAGAUGAACGGGACAUUGUGACGACAGACUGGACACAGCAUGGAGGUCAAGGCUGCACUGACCGACACACGGGCACCAGUGCAGCUGCACCACUUGCUGCAGCAAUGGUAGCGCUCAUGCUGCAGGCUCGCCCCUGUUUGACAUGGAGGGAUGUUCAGUAUCUUACCAUCCUCACAGCAGUCAAGGUUGAUGUGGACAUUGCCCACUGGCAGAAGAAUGGGGCAGGCUUGUUCCACAGUCAUAAACAUGGUUUCGGUCUGCUGAAGGCAUGGAGGAUGGUCAACGCAGCCAAGAUCUGGAAGACAAUACCUUGGAUGACCUCAUAUACUUUUGGCAACACGAGUGUUGACUUGACAAUCCCUAAAGGGGCUACCCACCCACUCAAGAUCACCCAUACAGUGUCUGAGGAGGAUGUGGAUGGCUAUGGCCUAUACAUACUGGAGAAUGUGGAGGUGACGGUGACAAUAUCGACCCCCCGGCGCGGACACAUCGGUGUCAAACUCCUCAGCCCCAGUGGAACCGUGUCUGUGAUCGGAGCCCCUCGACCACUGGACAACUCAACAUUUGGCUUUCAAGAUUGGACUUUUUCCACUGUCAGAUGCUGGGGGGAGAAACCUACUGGGGAGUGGACUCUCAUCAUCAUGGAUACAGACAAUGGCCGCUUCAUCAAUGGUCACCUGCUGAAGUGGCAGAUCAUACUGUUUGGCACUCCCUUCACUUUUGAAGAGUUCCAGGCCAGGAGGAGGGAGGUUGCACAUGCUAUGUCUGGUGAGUUCCUCAAUGACAGCUACAGUCUUCCCUGCAUGCCGCCACCUGUCAUCGCCCAUCCGGACAUACCCAUGUCACAGAAGACACUCAAGGUGCUGGUGUUGGCGUGUGUGUUCUGUCUUGUGAUGACGGUGUAUGAAUCACUGGAAUAUGCUUUGUGCUACAAUGACGAGAAAAAGGAACACCGAGCUAAAAUGAAGCUGGCUGCCCGUGCCCAGAGAUUGGCCAAUCAGAAUUCAGACAACAUAAAUCCUGAUGAUGUGAACGAAUCAACAGGGUUGUUACAAUCUGAAGAAAUUCCUAUGCAAACAUUUUCUCCUGGAGUUGAGAGUCAUGAUGACAACUCAACAACAACAACUGCAGAACAACAUAAUCCUCAGCAACAACAUACACAACAUUUUGACUUUAAUUCUGAAGAAUUCAAUUUGGAUUCCGACCAGUUUGAAGAUACCUUAUUUGAUAUCAGCACUCGUGCAGGCCAUACAACAUGUACAACAGACAAUCUAUUAGAGAGUGUUCCUCAAUCAUCAGUUGCCAGUUUCCAAGGCAACCAUCUCCUUGACAACCUGCCUUCACUCAAUACAUAUCCCAAUUCAAACGGAACAAGUCUUUCAACCUCAUGUAACAAUGAUAGUCUUUCAUUUGUUGGUGCUUUCAACCAACCACACAACCAAAGGAACUGGUUGGAUGAUCAUGAUCAUCAUCGCUAUGACAACCAGACAUUAGGAAGUGAAUCUGGUUUCCAUAACAAUCAUAGCAAUGGCAACCAGAUGUUUUUUAAAGCUGAUAAUGUUAUCCAUGGUAGCCAUUCCAUCUUUGAUUCUAUGCGAGGAGAAGUGUGUUCAAAUGAAGAUGUGAUUGACUCUAGUUGUGACAGUCCGUCAGAUGUUUUGAGGUGAUGUUAUUUAUAGAAUGACCUUGUGGUUUGUGUGUUGUACAUAGUAUUUGUGUUUCUCUUGGAAUUAGGAAUCGGGUAUAUUGACAGUAACAGUUUUUAUUUAGGAAAUACUAUGCAGAAAUAUCAAUAUUUUUUACCAUGUUUACCGAAUCAUGAUGGGACUAGUAGUUAGUAUAUGAUGUUUGAAACUAAGGGGCAAUUUGACAUUUCGUUUGUCAGUCUCUGAUCUUUUCCUCCGAUAAGAAACUGCGUGAAGAUCUGAGAAACCCUCAAGUCAGGUAAAAUUUUGUAUAAGCCAAUCCAUGUUGAAGCUAACAUUCUGGUAUGAGUGAACAAAGCACUUACAACAGUAUCUCUGAUAUCUGUAUCUCAAAAAACGCACAUGAAGAGGCAGUUUCAAAUGAAAAUGACAAAGGCCAUGAUUUGUAUGAUAAUUUAUACAACCAGUCAAUUCUGAGCACCAUGCAUCUACAUACUUUUACAGGUGUUAUUGUUUACAAGUAGGAAGCGGUAUGAUGAAAUGGUAACUCAGUGUUUUUUAAACUGUAGAUGCAUGAGUUAUUGUAGUUGACCAACAUGCUACUCCAACCUCCCUUAUCUAUCUCGACUGGCUGGUGUAUGUCUGGAUGGUGCUCGGAGUGGGGCAGAUUCUUAGAGUUUGUCUUAGAGUAUUGACACUGAGUGACCAUGUGUAAUGAGGGAAACACAGGAUGUGAGGGAGUAUUUGUGUCAUCAUGUACUGGCUGGUUUGACAACUUGUUGAAGUGAAGGAAAUAUAUGCUUCCUUACUUCUUUUACAUGUAUUUGUGGAUGGUCUGCAAAAAUAACUGCGGCAUGAAACUCGCAGUUUUCGCAAAACUUUCCAGAUUUACAGUUAUUGAAAUCGUGGUCAAACUAACCGAAUGAAAACAUGUUUUGUAGCUCUUUGAUUCUAUAUUUUACCUUCUAUGUGUGAUUUAUUUACACCAUGGCUGGGCCAUAUCAGGGCUUGUUGUACUUCACUGUGUCAGGAGAUGUUAUGUCAGUUGGUUCUGUAACGGUCCUGAUGGGACCCCGUAUAUUUAAUACUUAGACCCAAUUGUCUACAGAAUUGCAGACCGCCUCUGUGGAUAGAGUGUCUCUAAUGAGGCUGCAUGUGUUGGCUCCUUGUUGUCAUAAUGUGUGUUUAGAUUUACUUUUAUUUGUCUGUGGUUCGAUCCCCGGCCGUGUCAUACCGAGAGACGUUAUUAGAUGGUGUUAGAUGGCAUUAAGGGGACAAAACAAGGACCGGAUUUUUUGGGAUAACAUCGAAGACCCAGGUUCAAUUCCCCAUAAUGGGUGCAGCCCAUUUUAAGUGAUCCUGUCUGUAAUAAUGCUUGAAUAUUGCUAAAAGCAACGUACUUACCAUCACAGGAGUUACAAGUGUUUACAUUUUCUGUCCGUUUUAUUCAGUUCCAAUUUGUAGCAAAACUGCAUUAAUAUUUAGAAUAAUAAUUGUGUUUGCCUUAAUUAUGGUGGAUGCAGAUGGCCACAUAUUCAGAUCAUUUAUUUUUAAAGAAUUUAAAAGAAAAAUCUGUCAGCCAACCAGGUGUUGAAAAAAGAAAUAUUCAGGUUAGUGUUCUGACGAUGCUUUUACUUUGUAGUAUACAUCUUUAGAUCAGAAACUUUUCAAUACAACAUCAAAGAGUUGAAAUGAACAUAUUUUUCAGUGGAGUGUAUUAAUUACAACUCUUUGCAGCCUUUUUGUUAAGACAAUAAAGGCAACUGGACCUGACCUUAUUGCAAGGCCUUAUUGUUGCUUCAAAAAAGAUCUUACUUUUAAGGGAGUGGUGGCGUAGCCUGGUGGUUUAAGUGUUUGCUCGUCUCGCCGAAGCACCAGGUUCGAUUCCCCACGUGGGUACAAUGUGUGAAGCAUGUUUUUAGUGUCCUCUGUCAUGAUAUUGCUGGAAUUUAGUGAUGUAAAACCGUACUCACUCAUUCCUUAUAACUAAGACCUUCAUAAUGCUAUGUUAACGUGUAGGAGUAAUGAUACUCACAAAAAUCACUUUGUGACAAUACAACAUCUUCGAUGAUACAGGGUAUAAAAACAUCAUUGGAUUAUGAUAAAUAUGCUGGACAUAUUUUCCACCAAAUCUUUGUAUCAGAAGUGACACCAUCUUGUCCCACAUCUUGACACACUCAUGAGCAAGGGUAAGUAGAUUGGGCAGCUCUGUAGAGUACUGUGUAAGUAAAAUUGGGAUAAUAAAGCUCUGGUUGCAAAGUGGUCCAGGGUAUUUAUCUUACUAGAAUGGAGAUAUACAUGAUAUAACACCCUGGAUAAUGGAGGAUGAAGAUGGUAACAAUUUUCAUCAUUAAGCCUCUAUUCUUGGUGGACAGGGGAAAUUGUGCAGCAUUUUCAAUUAUUGUAUGCGGGAACAUGGUAUCAAUAUCGAUCUCUUGUACUUAAUCUUACAAAAGAAAUGAUUUGCAAUUUAUUGCUGAAUUUGAAUAUAUGUAAUUAAAUGUCUUCCAGUGUUUUCAUCUUGAUGAUGUUGGAGGUGGUUCUGUUCAAUAUUGUAAGUGGGAUUUUUGUGUCUGAGGCAGUCUCACCAAAUCAUAUAAUUUCACUCCCAUAUGCCACACCUCCCUGCAUGAAGAUUAUACUCUAUAGAAUGUUGCAUCGGAUAAACUUGGACCGUCCAUGCAGGAUGCAGAUGUCGGCUUUCUACAUUCAGCUUCAUUUCUGUAUGCCCUUGAUUUGGAAAUUAUGAAUUAAAUGGAAGAAAACACUCAGGAAGAAAAUAUUCCGUCGUUUGUACAACAGUAUAAUGGCAUGACCUAUAUUAUUAACAUUUGGAACUGUCAUUGAUUAACUGAUCAGAAGAUUCACGUGACGAGACCCCCAGUGGUGGUAUUCUGAGGUCUUCAUGCAGAGAGGAACUGUGUUGGAGUAAAAGAUCUGAUUUUAAUGAGAUUGCAGCUGUUGCCUCCAUGUCAUGGACGUGUCGCCUCCAUCAGAGGAGGAACUGUUUGUAUGAGGGGGAAACAAGUGCAUUAGAAAAGGAUGAUAAAAUUAUUUUUUCAUAA